CUCAUUGAUAAACAGUUUCCUUCUACGGAGCGCGGAGAUGCUCUCGUGUUUUUGAAUGGAGUAGCUGAAAUAACUACUGUAGCUGAAGCUCUAAAGACGUACGCAGAACUCACAAAGGGUUGGGUUAUCCUUAUGCUGCACAGAGCUCGUGUAAUUAUCGCUUUAACAGCAUUCGUAGUUGCAAUUGUAGACGCUGAGUCCAAACCUCGUCAAGAGACUUAA